AGCGGACAACUGCCCAGGGGCCCCAUAUCAGCAGUUUCAACGAACCAGUUGAUCCCAAAUUGAACGCGGAGCGCGGCUUGUCAAAACUUACCCGUGGACACCUUGACCGGCGAGGGGCAGCGGCAGAGGAGAGAAAGAAGAAGGAGAAGAAGAAGAAGGAGAAGGAGGAGGAGGAGGAGGAGGAAGAGGAGAAGAAGCGACGGAGAAACGACUGCUUCUUCACAGGAUAAUAUUCUUCUUAUUUAUCCAUUAAAUUUCGCUGGAAUAACUUGUCUCGGCAAGAAUCUGACGCUCCAACUCACGAAGCGGCACGGAACCGUUACAUAAAGCGAGUAACGGAGACAGAGAUGAGACCGUACGUUGCAGCAUAGCGGCACAAUAACCUCAUGUGCUGGGUGGGCUUGGCGCUGGAAAGGCGACAGAAACCCUCAGAGCUCCAGCUGAAUCCGCAGAUGUGUGCGUGCUCCAUCACGCUUUGGGUUAAUUUAUUCAAGUAGCCAGCUAGCUUGGGGAGCUACUGCCGAUGCUGGUCAAUUCACUGUUGUGUGCGUUUGAUUUAACUUAGCUAGGCGGCUAACCAGGACGCGCUGCUGCCGCUGACGAGCCCGUGUGCGUAGCGGAACGAUGAUCAGAGGAAACCCCCCAACAGACAGGCGCUAAUGGCUCAGAUUAAUGGUCAAAAUCCUAUUUAGUAAGUGGUUUGUAUGAUUAUCAAAUCCGGCCGUACAGCUGCUGUGUCUGGUCAGACAUUGUGGGCCCUGCUGUCCUUCAUAAAACCUAUCCUUAACGGGAAGAAUGGGCCCAUGUCUUAAUUUGGAAAACAAAGAAGAAGAGAGUAAGCUGGUUAGAUAAGCUUGUUUUAGCGUUUGUUUUUAGGUGAGCUAGCAAGCUGGUUGACGGAUUAGUAACACCGUCUGGACUGCACUGCUCCCCGAGCUCGCUCUGUCCCUCAAUUGGAGUCAUUUUCUCGCCCGGUUUCCACGUUUUUGUUGUUGAUUCUGCUUCGCACCACAAUGAGCAGUCAUAACGGGGUCGCCGGGCCGGUGGAAGUGGAUCCCAUGCCGGGAUACUUGGAUCUUAUCACCAGAGCCUCGUCGGUCAUGCUGGGCGCAUGGAGAGACUGUAGCACUUGCGGUCUGGAGCUCUCCAAACGGACUCUCCUGGAUAACGCUUACAUUACCUGGACCGAAAUCGCCCUGUUCUUUUUUUGCGCCUUUUUGUGGACGCAGGUCAGGCGGGGACUGACAGAAAGUCUGUUUAAGCCUCUAGCACGGUGGUGCAGGCUGCUGCCCAAAGAUGCCGCCAAGAUGCCGGAGAGCGCGUGGAAGCUGGUCUUCUACACCAUGUCGUGGUCCUACAGCACCUACCUGCUCUUCUUCAGCUCCUACUCCUUUUUCCAUGACCCGCCCUCUGUCUUCUACAACUGGAAGAGUGGUAUGUCAGUGCCUACAGACAUCGCCAUAGCCUACCUGAUCCAGGGCAGCUUCUACGGCCACUCCAUCUAUGCUACAGUCUACAUGGACGCAUGGAGGAAGGACUCUGCUGUCAUGGUGGUGCACCACAUCAUUACGCUGGCACUUAUUAGCUUCUCUUUUGCCUUCAGGUACCACAACGUAGGGAUCCUGGUUCUGUUCCUUCACGACAUCAACGACAUCCAGCUGGAGUUCACUAAGCUCAACGUCUACCUGAAGUCCAGAGGUGGAGGCUAUUACCUGCUCAACGACAUUCUGUCCAACAUGGGCUCUGUCAGCUUCAGCAUCACUUGGUUCUGGUUCCGUCUCUACUGGUUCCCCCUCAAAGUGCUGUAUGCCACAUGCGUGUCCAGCCUCCAGUCUGUGCCCAACAUUCCGUUCUACUUCUUCUUCAACGCUCUUCUCCUCGCCCUGCUGCUCAUGAACAUCUACUGGUUCUUGUUCAUUGUUGUUUUCGUAGUGAAGGUUCUGAAGUUGAAGGAGGUGAAUGACGUCAGGGAGUACGAGGACGAGGACGGCAGCAAGGCAGCAGCAGGCCUGCACAGAGCCCCUCGGGCAGCAAACAACGAUGAUGAUGCUGGACAUCACAACUCUGCCCAGGGGAAGCACGUGCAGAACGGGGUCGCCAAAGAGAAGCAUCUAUAACGUGCUCCCCGUCGCCACCACCUGGCAAUAGGCUACGAGUACAAGCAAGACAAGACGCCCUCCUGGGACGGCUCACGCUCAAAACGUGGCUCUGAAGGGAAGAGUGUCACAAAAAGAAAAGGAAGGAAAAUACCAAGUUAGGGCAUGAUGAGCUUUUAUUCUUUUUAUUUGUGUUAGAACAUUUCAUUUCAUCAUUGUCGUUUUGUUCUCUGUCUUGUUUUUAUUAGAGCACUGUGAAUGUUAUUUCAGGUGACUUUUUGUCUUAUUGUCGCUAACUUUACAUUUGAUAGAUUCAGUAGAACCAAACCUGUUUGACUGAGACGUGGACUGUGAUUGUCACAUACAGCAGUGCGGGGCGUCGUAUUCAUCGCUAUCACCCUUAGCAGCGCCGUAGCACCCAGACAAGGAAAAGGCUCGGGGCCUGUAGUGGGUCUGUUCACAUUUAGACCUGCAGUAACCUUAAAGAACCCAUUAAACAAGCAAUAUGCUGAUUCUGUAGGGCUGAGCCGUCAGUUAGAUACAAUGAAUUCUUUUCUUCCCCUCCGGUCUUCAAACUCCGUCCAUCCCCUGUAACUCAAGACGUGAGGCGAAGAGGUUUAAAAAAGAAUGGGAUCAGAGGGAAACAUUACAUUGCUCUGAGCGCUGUUCUUAUGGCUGCAGUGAUGCCGGAGAGCUUGUCUGGCGUUGUCUGGUGCUGUUUCACCACAUGUAUUGAUUGUCAUAUCAUUGCACAAGUCAGUGGUGUUGACCGCACAGCUCUGGCCCCCUUCAUCCAUUAGCUUGAUGGAAAAGCCACAUUGGAGUGUGCAGGUAUGUGUGUGCGUGCGAGUGUGUGUGUUAGGUGUUUCAGCAUGUGGAGAGUAUGGAAGUAGCCGAGUCUUUUUAAACUCACAACAUUUCACCUCUCAGUUUGUCCCUUUUAGUGAUGAUCAAAAAGCAUUGGGAAUAUUCACUUGGCAUUCCUGGCACUUGGCUUUUUUUAUU